AUGGUUCGGUCUGGGGAACUCCCAUCACGCCUUCUGGCCCUCAAGUACGGUGCAGACCUGGUAUGGGGUCCUGAGACGGUCGAUCGAUCCAUGAUUGGAACCACACGAAACACCAACCCUCGAACUGGCUGCAUAGAGUGGACUCGUACUUCCAACAAUGAUUCAACGAGUGUGAUAUACCGCAUCGAUCCUCAGAGAGAAUCGGACAAAUUAAUUUAUCAAAUUGGCACCGCUUCACCCGAUUACGCUGUCCAAGCUGCGACGCUUGUUGCCCCUUAUGUUCGUGGAAUCGACGUGAAUGCAGGCUGUCCAAAGCCGUUCUCUACUUCAGGAGGCAUGGGCGCAGCACUGCUUCGAACUCCGGAUCAUCUUUGUGAUAUUCUCACAGCCCUGGUCACGAAAGUGGGAAUACCUCAUGAGAUCGGUAUCAGCGUCAAGAUUCGUUUGCUGGAGACACCUGAACUGACGUCGGAGCUUGUCAACAAACUCUGCAAAACUGGCAUCACUGGUCUGACCAUUCAUUGCAGAACUACCCCAAUGAGACCGAGAGAACGCGCUAUCAGGGAACAACUCCGGAUGAUCGGCGACAUAUGCAGAAGCCAUGGGGUCGCUUGCCUGAUGAACGGAGAUGUGAAAUCGCGCGAAGAAGGACUGACUCUGGCAAAGGAGUAUGGUGUUGACGGAGCAAUGAUCGCUACGGCUGCGGAGGCUAAUUCAUCAGUGUUUCGGAGCAAGGAGCAGGGUGGAUUGGCGCCCUGGAAGGAAGUUGUCAAAGAGUAUUUGCAGCUUGCGAUGAGCGUCGAGAACAAAUGGGGAAACACAAAAUUCCUCCUUUCUCAGCUCAUGCCCGGAAAAAAUCCCGCCUACCAACCAGUGCAGAAGUCACGAAGCUAUACAGAAGCCCUUUCGCUUUUGGAGAUCUCCGAUUCGGAUAUGGUGGCGAAGGCACAAGAGAUUGAUCAAAUCCUGCGUCUGAAUGUUACGCAAACAACCAAAUCAGAUAUCAAGCGACAACACAAACAGGAGAAUCGAGAAAAUCAGCUGAAGAAUAAAGAAAAGAAGAGGGUCCUGGAGCAAAGAAGUGACCAGAACGAACACAUCCAGCAGGAGCGGAACAAGAAGCAAAAGGCUGAGAUCGCAGCAGAAAACUCAGGGUUUGAUGGAGUUGGACAGGGCGCGAUGGCAGUCGCAGCGUGA